UAUUUUUUUUACCGACUAUUAUAUAUUUUCAUAUAGAUAUCGAAUGGGUAUAAUCAUUUUAUUAUAAUCUGUUUUUUUGCCGACCAUUAUAUAUAUUCAUAUAUAUCGAAUCGGCGAUCUAGGAAAUCUUCGAUUCUUAGCCGCCGUUACCUCCAGAAAGCUGACCCCACAAACCCCAGUACACUGAUUUUCUAUAACAAGCCAAUCUUACCAUUUUCAGUCUCUGUUCUCUGUACAACUAGUUUAGUUUUGUAUGUGUAGUAGUAGUUUCACUCUACAGAUGCACCAAAUUGGUUUGUUGAUUUGCUAAAGAUCUGAAGCAAAUUUGAAGAUUUACGAAGGCUUUUGGUGAUCUGGGUUUUCUUCAUUUCUCUGUAUGAUUAUCAAUCUCGAUAUGUGGCUUGGUGAUAUUACAGUUUGACUUCAGUGAUUAAGAAUUUUGGGCUUGUCAUGGAUUUUAUUUGAAGAAUCUGGCUUUGAACUUUUGAAUUUCUUCAUGGAACCAAACAAAGAGGAGGCUCUCCAAGCUAAAGAGAAUGCUGAGAAGUUAUUUGCUAAGAGAGACUUUGUUGGCGCAAAGAAUUUUGCUUUAAAGGCUCGAAUGCUGUACCCAGAACUGGAGGGUAUAUCCUGCAUGUUGGCUACAUUUGAAGUGUAUAUUGCUUCUUUGGUUAAAAUUAAUGGCAAAAUUGAUUUAUACUCGAUUCUUGGACUGGAGCCAGCUGCAAACAAGGCUACACUAAAGAAACAGUAUAAGAAGAUGGCUGUGUUGCUCAACCCUGAUAAGAACAAAACUGUGGGAGCUGAUGGGGCAUUCAAGCUUGUCUCUGAGGCAUGGACACUGUUGUGUGAUGGUAACAAAGAACUCAAGAGAAACAAGAAAUUGUCAUCUGGGGCUGUCCAUAAAAACUUGUCUUCUGUUCAUACUGGUGGUGUAACAGGUUUUAACAACUGUGCCAAUUCUUCAGUCUCUCAUGCUAGACUUGAUACUUUCUGGACUGUGUGCACCUCUUGUCAAGUUCAGUAUGAGUACCUGCGGAAAUACCAGAACAAGAGACUUUCCUGUAAGAACUGCAGGGGUAUAUUCAUUGCUGUGGAAACAGGACCAGCCCCUGUGAGUGCUUCUUACCCUUAUGGUCCUUGUUCACAUGUACCAGAUAAUGGGCAUGGAAGUCAUGGAUCUAAUGGGGUUACAUUUGCCCCAACCACUGGAAUAUAUUUUACAGGAAAUGGUGUCGGGCAUGGAAGUCAUGGAUCUAAUGGUGUUACAUAUGCCCCAACCACUGGUAUAUAUUUUACAGGAAAUGGCGUCUCAGGGUCGCAUUCUGGUCAUGGGUCUGAGUAUGUUUCUAAUGUGUCGUUGCAGUGGAGCUCGUUCCAUGGAGCUUCUGCUGAAGUUGUGGAUCCUAAUAGAUUAGCCACCAAAUCUGCCCAUGAAACCCAUCAGCUUAAUGGGAACAUCAACAAAACAAGAGCCACCAGAAAAAAUCAAAUAAAAAGAGCUGUGGCUGAUAUGAGUUCGAAUGUGUUUGCUGGACAACCCUCAGCCUCUAAGGCAGGUAGACCUGCCAAGAGAAGGAAGGUUGAUGUGGGAAGCACUUCUCAAAAUCGUAGUGAAGCAAUGGCUUCAAAAACUGCUUCAGAAGUGAUAAUGGUUAAUGAAAAUGGAAAUCUUAAAUGUAAUCCUAAGCUUUCCACUUCAAGUGAGACUCCAAUUAGACGUUGCUCAGCUGCCCCUGCAUUUGAUGCUAGAAAAUUGUUGAUUGACAAAGCAAGAACAGAAAUCCGUAAGAAACUCGAAGAAAUUAGGUUGGCUUCAACUGCAGCAACAGCGGUGGCAGUGGCUGAGAAGAACGAAAAAGUUCAUACUGAAGUUGGUAAAUCCUGCGAGGCACUUACAACUGCAGGUUUGAUUGGUUCGAGUCAUCGAUUAGAGCUGAAGAAAGCCGAGCCAAUGUCAAUAACAGUCCCUGACUCCGACUUCCAUGAUUUUGACAUGGAUAGAACAGAGGAGUACUUCAAGCCUAAGCAAAUAUGGGCUCUAUAUGAUGAAGAAGAUGGUAUGCCUCGCCUCUACUGUUUGAUCCGCGAGGUCAUCUCAGUUAAACCAUUUAAGGUUCAUAUCAGUUAUUUGAACUCCAAAACAGAUAGCGAAUUUGGAUCCGUGAAUUGGGUGGAUUCUGGAUUUACCAAGUCUUGUGGAAAUUUCAGAGCAUUUAACUCUGAAAUUAUUGACCAAGUCAACAUCUUCUCUCAUCUUCUGAGUAGAGAGAAGGCUGGCAGGGGAGGUCGUGUGAGUAUCUAUCCCAAAAGUGGAGACAUUUGGGCAGUUUAUCGGAAUUGGUCACCAGAUUGGAACAGAACAACUCCAGACAAACUGAGGCACCAGUAUGAAAUGGUGGAAGUUCUGGAUGAUUACUCCGAAAAGCUUGGAGUCUGUGUCACUCCCUUGGUUAAAUUAGACAGAUUCAAGACAGUAUACCAGCAGAACACAAAUAAAGGCGCCAUUCGAUGGAUCCCUAGGAGAGAGAUGUUACGGUUUUCACACCAGGUGCCAUCAUGGUUACUUAGAGGAGAAUCACUUAACUUGCCAGAUGAAUGCUGGGAUCUCGACCCUGCUGCAACUCCAGACGAGCUUCUUCAUGUCGUAACUGAAAUGAAGGUGGAAGAAAAGCCUAGUUGAGCAGAAGUAUAAGCUUGGAAGGCCCUUAUCGCCGCAGCCCUGACUGUAUUGAUAUUCCAAGUUGUACAGAUUUGAAUACGUAGUGCUCUAUCUCAGAAAAUCAGAUAGCUGGAGGGUCACAAGCUGAUCCAUGGCACUGAAUCCAGAUUGUUUUUGAUUGUUCAACAUUUAAACUUCGACAUACCUCCUGUAUCCAUGCAACAACUUACUCAAGACACUUUUCUAGGCUGCUGGGAAAACUAAGAGACUGCAUGGUUGUGGAACGCUUAAGUUACAAAAUGCAGUCACUCUUGUGUAAUUAACGAACCAUAACAUUUGACACAUCCGUUAUGCCACAACAAUCAUUAUUAUUAUUAUUAUUAUUAUUAUUA